AGGUGCGGAAUCCGCUCUGGGCAGCUAAAACAGAGGAAAACAGAGCAUAGAAAUCUCCGUCCGGUUUCAAAGGCGAUGGACUCUGUGUCGCAUGCCGCCGUGAUCAGCAGCUCCAAGCUCAGUUAUGGUGGUCGCGUCUCUUUCAACAAGGACAAAAACCCACUACUACGCUCAAGUGUUGUGUCUUUACGAAACUGGAGGACCCCAUCAAGAAAUCUUGGCGUUUUGGCAGCACAGAUUGGGAACAAAGAGAUUGAUUUCAGCGAUCCUGAUUGGAAAACAAAUUACCAAAGAGAUUUUGAGAGACGGUUUAACAUUCCUCAUAUCACUGAUAUCUUUCCUGAUGCAGACCCAAUUCCCUCUACGUUUUGUCUAAAGAUGAGGACUCCAGUCAUGGAAGAUUUCGCUGGUGGAUAUCCAUCUGAUGAGGAAUGGCAUGGAUACAUAAAUAAAAAUGACAGGGUGCUUCUUAAGGUCAUACAUUACUCAUCACCUACAUCUGCUGGAGCUGAGUGCAUUGAUCCCAAUUGUACUUGGGUCGAACAAUGGGUCCAUAGAGCUGGGCCUCGGGAAAAAAUAUACUUCAAACCAGAAGAAGUAAAGGCAGCAAUUGUUACUUGUGGUGGCUUAUGCCCUGGUCUCAAUGAUGUCAUCCGACAGAUUGUCAUCACACUUGAAAUCUAUGGUGUCAAAAAGAUAGUUGGGAUCCCCUUUGGUUAUCGUGGAUUUUCUGAUGAAGGCCUGAGUGAAAUGCCGCUAUCCAGGAAAGUGGUGCAGAAUGUUCACCUUUCUGGUGGAAGCUUGUUAGGAGUUUCACGUGGCGGACCCAGUGUUAGUGACAUUGUGGACAGCAUGGAGGAAAGAGGGAUCAACAUGCUCUUUGUGUUAGGUGGGAAUGGUACCCAUGCUGGAGCCAAUGCAAUACAUAAUGAGUGCCGUAGACGAAGGAUGAGGGUGGCUGUAGUUGGCGUGCCAAAAACCAUAGACAAUGAUAUUUUGAUGAUGGACAAAACUUUUGGUUUUGACACUGCUGUUGAAGAAGCGCAGAGAGCAAUAAAUUCUGCCUACAUUGAGGCACAUAGUGCUUAUCAUGGUAUUGGCAUAGUGAAAUUGAUGGGUCGUAACAGUGGAUUUAUAGCAAUGCAUGCAUCGCUAGCUAGUGGACAAAUCGACAUAUGUUUGAUUCCAGAGGUACCUUUUCAUUUACAUGGACCUCUUGGUGUUUUGAGGCAUCUCAAAUUCCUAAUUGAGACAAAGGGAUCGGCUGUCUUAUGUGUAGCAGAAGGAGCUGGACAGAAUUUUCUUGGGAGAACUAAUGCUACUGAUGCAUCUGGAAACACUGUACUCGGAGACUUUGGUGUGCAUAUUCAACAGGAGACAAAAAAAUAUUUUAAGGAGAUUGGCGUUCAUGCUGAUGUAAAGUAUAUUGACCCAACAUACAUGAUACGUGCGUGCCGUGCAAAUGCAUCAGAUGGAAUUUUAUGUACUGUUCUCGGACAAAAUGCAGUUCAUGGUGCAUUUGCUGGAUAUAGUGGAAUCACUGUAGGAAUAUGCAACACUCAUUAUGUUUACUUCCCCAUCCCCGAAGUCAUUUCUUAUCCCAGGGCUGUGGAUCCUAACAGCCGCAUGUGGCAUCGUUGCUUAACUUCAACCGGCCAGCCUGACUUUGUCUAAAUUAGUCAGCCCUCCAGCCUUAUACAGCUGAAUUGAGAAAUUUGAAGUUUGCAAAGUUCACCAAAGGAACAGAACGCAAGCCAGAGAAGAUUCUUGGUUAGCUUAUAUGUUCAUUUUAAGCUACCAAAAUAAUACAAACUCCAAAAGAGAAUCAGGUAGUGUAAAGCAUUUCUGCGCCAGUUUACAUAAUCACAAGGCGUGCUUGUAAUAAAUUUACAAGGAUUCAGCCUAGCAAUUCUUGCUUGCUUCCCAGGGCAUCUGUAACUUGUUUUGUAGCGAUAGAUUAUUUGUUGAUUUCAUAAACUCGGCCAUAAUUUACCCACCAGCAUUGCAAGUGGUGGAAUAAAUUUAUUUUCCAAGAA